CUCAACUCGAAUCAAUCUUUUGCUGCUAUCUUAGACACUCCUCGUUUGAAUUGAUUUUUACAGCAUUUAAGGCGCCUCGUCGGACCCGAAUAUCAACUCCUUCUUGUCAAAAAUGGCCGCUACCCAGGAAAAGGCCAUCUACACCCACGGCCACCAUGCCAGUGUAGUAAACAGCCACGCCAGACGCACCGCGCAAGACAGCGCCGCCUUCCUCCUGCCGCACCUGAAACCACAUCACACCAUCCUGGACAUUGGCUGCGGCCCAGGGACCAUCACCGCAGACCUCGCCGAGCUCGUCCCUCAGGGAAAGGUCACCGGGGUAGAUGCCGUCGAGGCAGUUCUCGAACGCGCGCGGGCGCACGUGGCAGGCCGCAGCAACAUCACAAAUUGCACUUUUGAGGUCGCAGAUGCCAACGCCCUCCCCUACCCAGACGCCUCCUUCGACGUCGUCUUCUGUCACCAGGUCCUGCAGCACGUCCAGGACCCGGUUGGCGUCCUCAGGGAGAUGAAGCGGGUGGCCAAGCCGGGAGGCAUAGUUGCAGCCCGCGAGGCUGACUACAAGAGUUUUGCGUGGUUCCCUGAGCCACAGGGGCUUGAUGAGUGGCUGGACGCUUACCGGAAGACCGCGAGGCUUUGUGGCGGCCAGCCUGAUGCUGGUCGUUACGUCCGACAGUGGGCGAAACAGGCUGGAUGCAAGACAGAUGAAGCGCACAUGUCGAGCGGGUUCAGCUCUUGGUACUAUACCGGGGAGGCAGCGAGGGUUUUUGGCGAGAGCUGGACGGACCGUGCCCUGAAGUCGGAUUUUGCGAAGGAGUUCUUGAGGCAUGAUGUUGGCACACAGCAGGAUUUGGACAGGAUCAGUGCCGUGUGGAAGCAGUGGGCCGCCGAGGAGGACAAUUUCAUCGUGAUACCAAACGGUGAAAUCUUGUACAAGGUACCUGCCUAAGUUUUGGACGAAUAAAAUGGAGCAAACUAAAAGGUUGGAGGCGCUGUCCGAAGCUGCAAAUUAUCGGAGUCGAUGAUGGGAUGAUUGCGGCUGAACCGCGGGAUUUCCAGCUGUGCAUGUCAUGAAACUCUAUCAUUUGAUUCGCUUCCUCA